AUGAGGGUACAAGAAGAAGCGAACCGAUCCGAGACUGGGAAGGUUGUGGGGGACUGGCGGGGUGAAGAAUGGAAUGCAGGAGGUACCGUAGACAUCUACCAUCGAGAUUCGAGAUUUCCCAACUCUCAAUCACACACUUCAAGGAAGUCGGGACCUUGCAACCUAAUCAUCAUCGAGUUCCCUUUCGUUCACUUUGGUUUGCUUAACUCCGCUUACGCCCGUCGUUUCAUUUUGGUCGCCAUUCGCUUGUCGAAGAUGCCGUCAUUUUUCCGCCGCACAAGUCGGGAUGCUUCUCGCAACGCCGGGGACAUUGAGGCUCGGAGAACACGGCUCAGGUUGGUUGUCCAUCCCGCAGCCCCCGUGCCCCCCGGGCCCCCGGAGAUUAAUGCCCUCGCGCAGACCUUGCCGCCCGCACCGCCCGCGGCCCCCUCGGUUGACGGAUCCAGGCGGCCCGCGUAUCUCGUCGAUGGGGAGCCCCAUAAUAGACCCUCUGUCUCUUGGGCCUUCUGCAACUUCUGGACGCGCCUACAGCUUCUGGGGCAAACGGGCCUGUUAAACUCGGUGAGCUUGCUGGGCAGGGCCCAGGACCAUUAUCUGAUCCUUCUGGUUCUCAUUCUUCCGAUAGCCCGCACGGGCACGGCACAGGAGUGGCUAGAGAGGCAGACGCAGUGCGGCAUAUCAAACAUCAUUUCAAGCAUCGAAAAAUAUCGUGACAGGGUGCCGGGCUGGAGCCGCUCAUAUUACACCAUUGACGACCGAAUUUUCCACAGCGAAAUGCAUGAUCGAUAUCACCAUGCCAAGUACUGGGCUCCGGUGGACUGGCGGCACAAACAGGCGCUGAAGAAAAUUCACCUAGCUUUUCUUGCUCUCCUCGAUGACCAGCUCUGUCGGUCCCCUAUUCAACAAGCGCCUCCAGCUCUCGUUCUUGAUGUUGGGACGGGCCAUGCAGACUGGGCCUUUGAGUUUGCGAAACGUCACCCCAGUGCCAGGGUGAUUGGCACGGAUCUCUCUCCUCUGCAUCCCGAGUUACCCAACGAAGCUGUCCCCGAGAACUUCAUGUUCAGAACGGACAACUACCUGAAACCUUGGUUAUUCUGUGACAACGUCUUCGACAUGAUUCACAUGAGAUUCCUUUUCGGCACGGUCCAAAACUGGAAUGCGCUCUUUCGCGAGGCGUAUCGUUGCGCCCAGCCCGGCGCCUGGGUGGAGUCGUGCGAGCUGGAUUUCUACUUUUGUUCCGACGACAUGACGAUAAAGUUCUGGAACCAGAUGAAAAGGACAUGGCCCAAAUUGUUUGACACUGCGGAGGCCAAGACUAGAUGCACCUUCCGGCCGGUCGCUUUGAAUGUGCAGAGGGAAGGCAUGAUGAAGGCCGGUUUCACCGAUAUUCACCAAUACGACCGCAAGAUAUUAAUUGGCAGAUGGGUCUCGAGCGGCCAGUUGUGCAAGGCCGGCACCCACCUCCGUGAAGCUUUUCUUAAGGAUAUUGAAGGCUUUACCAAGUACGUCUGGUCUAUCCAGCACAGCCGUCGCAACGGGGACACCGAGCGGAAAUACAGGGAUUUCGUCGAGGGGAUGGAAAGCGAGAUACGUUCUAGUUCCAUUCACGCAUACUUUAACGUCCGUUACGUUUACGGCCGUAAGCCACAGGGAGAGCACUGA